AUGCCCGAGUUACUUCCGCCCGAGCCUUCUUCCGUCUCCGACAUGUCGACUACCUCUACUCUUGCAGCUUCUGCAAACAAUUCCAAUAAACUCUCGAAUCUCCCGCCCGCAAUAACAAACUCGUAUACCGUAUAUGUGGGGGAACAGAUGUUCAGACUAUAUCGUUCUUCGAUUAUCUUUGACUCUCCCAACUUUUUCACUCAGAGUUUUCUCAGAGAUGAGGUGGACGACCUUAACAAAAAGUCUAAUAACGGAUCUGACGACAACGAAGAAGAACGAGACGGUGUGGCCGGCCGAGCGUAUAGUACCGAAACGCCAACGACAAACGUCAUGGAUAAUAUUGACGUCAGUACCCAGACUACUCCGGAUACCUUGACAACUGUUCCGGUCGUCAGAGAAUUGAAAAUAGACAGGGAUCCCCGAUUAUUCGAAGUGAUUUUGAGAUAUUUGCGUGGAUACAACAUAUUUCCCCUAUCUUCGGUAAACCUUCCACCUGGCAUGUCACUAGACUUGUUCCGCGAAAGCUUGCUCGAAGACGCUCGUUUCUACGGAUUAGAUAGAUUGGCAAGACUGCUUCAGGCCGAGACCCCGACACCUUUACGGUAUAAAGAUCCGUUCACCUCACAAGACAAGAUUCUCCUUUCACUUCGAGACGUCCCGAUACACAAGGAAUUUAUUAAAUCGAAACUGGCCAGUCCGUCGGCAGUCGAGUUCUUUACCGGAGCGGUUCUUACGAUCGAUAUAGACAGCACAGACUCUACCAUACGAUUUCAUACCGAGAUACUAAAUGAACAAGACAAGAAAGCGCUCGAUACCCUGGGUGACAUUUACGGUGAUGAUACCAAGAUCAAACUAUCACGCUCGUUAACUACAGGAUGGAACAUGCGCAAUAUCCUCAACGGGAUACGAUUGGAAAUCGACGGAGUUCAAAUUACGGGAAUCGAUGUUGCUUCUCUUCUUGGGUCAUUUGGUCCUCGCAACAAAACUUUGGAAGACAUGUUUCGACUAGCUGGCGGUGAAAGGUUGGUCAUAUAUGCUCAAGAAUUUGUAUUCAGGCUGGAGAAAGGCAGACAGACGGCCUCGAGCAUAGCUGAUAGCGAUGCCGGGAAAGGUAUUAGCGAAAGUGUCUCUGUUCACAGUACUGGCAAUGAUGGAGCGGAUCAAGCUAACAACGAUGAGAAUAACGAAACAAUAGAUGAAAAUACCGUGGUUACGGGCAAUUCAUCUUCGCUUGUGGAUGGGAUCGAAGAUCAAGUGUUUUUAGGCGUGGUUUGGGCCAAGGGGUGGACACAAGAAUGGUGGGCAUGGAACGAAUAUAGAAUGAAACUGGACACUCUCCAAUAG